AUUUAUGUAAUUUUCUUAUUUACUAACGAGUACGUUCGCGGAUACAAACACGAUCAAAUUUACAUCCGUAUCUAUUCACUAACGGGUAGUUGAAAUAUCCAUUUUAUUUGUGUCUAUGGGAAAUUUUAUUCGCAAAUAGUGGUAAUCCGUAAAGUUCGGAACAGAGUUUCCUGCGGUCAAAAUGUAAAAUGGUUUUUUCCAUUCCCGCUAAGCUUCAUUGAUUGCACUUUUCUUCCCUCUUUGCUUAUGAUUCCUUCCAUUCCAUCCAAACCUAGAACAAAACAACAACACAAACAUAGAACAAAACAAACAUGACAACACUUUACAUGCCAUUGUUCAGAUCAUGUUCAACCUUAAAACAACUCACUCAACUCCAUGCUCACCUUGUAGUUACCAACCUUCACAAUGACCCACUUGCCUCCACAAAGCUUCUUGAGUCUUAUUCCCAAAUGGGUUCUCUUCAAUCAUCAAGACUCGUUUUUUAUUCAUACCCAUCUCCCGAUUCCUUCAUGUUUGGUGUUCUAAUCAAAUGUUACCUUUGGAAUAACCUUUUUGACCAAGUUGUUUCUCUUUACAAUCAUCACAUUUAUAAGGGUUCAAAAUUUACUCAAAAUUGUAGUUUUUUGUAUCCUUCUGUUAUAAGAGCUGUUUCUGGUGUUGGUGAUUUGGUUGUUGGAAGAAAAUUACAUGGAAGGAUUGUUAAAUCUGGGUUUAGUGAGGAUCGCGUUAUUGGGACUUCUUUGCUUGGAAUGUAUGGGGAAUUAUGUUGUUUAAGUGAUGCUAAGAAGGUGUUUGAUGAAAUGUCUGUGAGAGAUUUGGUUUCUUGGAGUUCGAUUGUUUCGUGUUAUAUUGAGAAUGGGAUUUAUAGAGAAGGAUUGGAAAUGUUUCGUUCGAUGGUUUCUGAGGGAAUUAGACCUGACUCGGUUACGUUGCUUAGUGUAGCUGAGGCUUGUGCUAAAAUUGGUUGCUUGAGGUUAGCGAAAUCGGUUCAUGGAUAUGUGAUUAGAGAAGGUAUGAUUGGUGAUGGUAGUUUGAGUAAUUCUCUUAUUGUUAUGUAUAGUCAGUGUGGUUACUUGUGUAGAGCGAAACAGCUCUUUGAAUAUCUUGAUAAUCGGAGUACUUCUUGUUGGACUUCUAUGAUUUCAUCCUAUAAUCAAAAUGAGUGUUUUGAAGAGGCAAUGGAUGUUUUUAUUAAGAUGCAAGAUUCAGAGGUAGACCCGAAUGAAGUGACAAUGAUUAGUGUUCUGAAUUCCUGCGCUAGAUUAGGUCGGUUAAAAGAGGGAAAAUCAGUUCAUUGCUUUGUUUUAAGGAAAGCAAUGAAUUCUGCUGAUCUUGAUCUUGGGCCUGCACUAAUAGAUUUCUAUGCAGCCUGCUGGACAAUAAGUAGUUGCGAAAAACUUGUACAUUUAAUCGGAAACAAAAAUGUUGUAUCGUGGAAUACACUCAUUUCAUUUUAUGCUCGGGAAGGUUUAAACAAAGAAGCGAUGAUGCUCUUUGCGAAAAUGAUGGCGAAGGGUUUAAUGCCAGACUCAUUUAGCUUAGCAAGUUCAAUUUCAGCAAGUGCAAGUGCUGGUUCAAUACAGUUUGGACAGCAGAUACAUGGUCAUGCCAUGAAAAGAGGCUUCGUCAAUGAAUUUGUUCAGAACUCUUUGAUGGACAUGUAUUCAAAAUGUGGCUUUCUGGAUUUGGCAUACACAAUAUUUAACAAGAUCGGGAAGAAAAGCAUUGUGACAUGGAACUGUAUGAUUUGUGGGUUUUCUCAGAACGGCCUUUCAUUAGAAGCACUCAACCUCUUUGAUGAGAUGUACAAAAAUCGUCUCGAGUUUAAUGAAGUAACCUUUUUAAGUGCAAUUCAAGCUUGCUCCAAUUUGGGUUAUCUUGACAAAGGAAAAUGGAUUCACCAUAAGAUCAUCGUGACCGGUAAUCAGAACGAUCUUUAUAUCGAUACAGCUUUGGUAGACAUGUAUGCCAAGUGUGGAGACCUUCAAACAGCUCGAAGAGUUUUUGAUAGCAUGCUCGAGAAAAGUGUGGUGUCAUGGAGUACAAUGAUUGCUGCUCAUGGCAUACACGGUCAAAUAAAUGCCGCAAUCUCACUCUUCAAUAAAAUGGUUCGCUCAAAUAUCAAACCAAAUGAAAUAACCUUCAUGAAUAUCUUAUCCGCCUGCAGGCAUGUUGGAUCCGUCGAGGUAGGAAAGCUUUAUUUCAACUCUAUGAGGGAUUAUGGCAUACUGCCCAACACAGAACAUUUUGCCUCCAUAGUUGACCUUCUAAGCCGUGCCGGCGAUAUCAACGGAGCAUAUGAAAUAAUUAAAUCGAUACGCCCACCCGUAGAUGCUAGCAUAUGGGGAGCUUUGCUUAACGGGUGUCGAAUACACAGGAGGAUGGACAUAAUUGAGAACAUUGGCGAAGAACUCGGACAAAUAAACACAAAUGAUACAGGUUACUAUACUUUGUUAUCUAACAUAUAUGCCGAAGGAGGAAAGUGGUACGAAUCAAGAAAGGUAAGAUCAAAGAUGGAAGGAAUGGGACUUAAGAAAGUACCUGGUUACAGUACAAUCGAAAUAGAUAGGAAAAUCUAUAGAUUUGGAGCUGGGGAUACUUCUGAAUGGCAAAUGAAAGAAAUUUGCAUGUUUUUAGAAAAUUUUCAAAGCUUGGCACAGGAACAAGGAUGUGAUUUAGAAAGCUAUAUGUAUAAUAAUUCUAGAAGUGGUGUGUUUUUUGAUGAUUUUAGUGCUUAUAACUUGCAGAGAGAAGCAAGCAAUUGCAUUGAGAAUAAAUCAGUUCUACUUUAGAAACAUUUUUUAAGUCAUAGAUGAAGAAUGUAAGUAAUCCACUCUUUGAGAAACAUUUUUUAAACACAAAUUAUUGAUCUGCUCUCUGAAAAAUCAAUUUA